UUUGUUCUGUAAUCUGUAUUCUGAUUUGCCAAAAUACCUGGAAAAAUCUACUUCCGCCAUUAUCUCACUCUAUGCUCUCCUCGAUCGAGUCAUGCGAUCACUGAAAUCUCGUUUUUUUAUUUUUAUUUUGGUACCACGAAGAGAGUCAUCUCUUUGCUUUCGUGAGCCGUCUCUCGACUGCUGAGAUCUGCUAAACCCUCUUAUCAUUCUCGGCACAGACCAUGGAAUUUAGGGUUUUGAGUUCUUUCUUUUUCUGAUGUCGAUUCAUUGAGUUUGGCUCUCAAUUUUGAAUGUUGUGAUGUGUGGGCAGUGACUUUUUUUGUUCUGAUCUGCGAAUUUUGGUGAAUUCCGAUAACUCUGUAUUGGUUGAGAAUGGCGGGGCAAAACCAAGCACAAAACGUCGAUCUAUUCGAUACAUAUUUUAGGAAAGCAGAUUUGGAUCAGGACGGGAGGAUUAGUGGAGCUGAAGCCGUUGCAUUCUUUCAAGGUUCAAAUUUGCCAAAACAAGUCCUUGCGCAGAUAUGGAUGCAUGCCGAUCAGAACCGUACUGGUUACCUUGGUAGGACUGAAUUCUAUAAUGCUCUGAAAUUGGUAACUGUGGCACAAAGUAAGAGAGAACUAACCCCAGAUAUUGUGAAGGCGGCAUUAUAUGGUCCAGCUGCAGCUAAAAUCCCUGCACCACAGAUAAAUAUUCCAGCCACAUCUCCAACACAGCCAAGUUCUAUUGCAGCAGCUCCUGCCCCUCAGAUGGGUGCACUUGCACCUACUUCAUCUCAGAAUCCUGGUUUUAGAGGGCCACAGUUAUAUCCAAAUGCUACUAUGAAUCCACAGUUUCGCCCUUCGCAGGACAAUCAGUUCAUGAGGCCGCCUCAAGUCAUGCCUGUUGGUGCUGCAUUACUACCAUCACAGGGCAUUCCUGGGGGAGGUUCUGUGGCAGGUCCACGCCCACCAAACUCGAAUGUCUCAACUGAUUGGUUCGGUGGGAGGACUGGUGGAUCCCCAAUGGGAGCAACCUCACAAACCCCUAGUAGAGGGACUUCUCCCACUGUAGGUCAGGAUGGAUUUGGUCUGCCAUCUUCAGGUUUAUCAUCUUCGAUGCCACCUAGACCACUGGCAAAUUCUGGGAUUAUACCUUCAGUCACAUCCAAGCCACAAGAUCAGGUCUUUUCAUCAUUCCAGUCAACGGCUAAGGAUUCUAAGGCAUUGGUUGUUUCUGGAAAUGGAUUUGCUUCCAACUCAAUUUUUGGAGGAGAUGUGUUUUCGGCUUCUCAACCAAAACAAAAUACUGCAGCACCUUCAUUUUCUGCAGGCAGUGCAGCUAUCUCAUCUGCCAUUGUUCCAGUGCCUUCUGGGCCCCAGCCUUCUGUUAAGCAGGAUCCAUUUGAUACCUUGGGCUCAUUAUCAACUCAAACUGCAGGUGGUCAACUUCAGCAACCACCAUCACUGGUGAAACCAAACCAGCAGGUUUCAACCCAGAGUGCUGCUGCAUUUAGUUCAUCCGACAGUUUGAUGGGACCUGGGAAUUCUGCACCGUCCCAGUCACAGCCGUCAUGGCCAAAGAUGACUCAGUCCAACAUUCAGAAGUAUACAAAAGUGUUUGUUGAGGUGGACACAGACAGGGAUGGUAAAAUCACUGGCGAACAGGCCCGUAACCUUUUCUUGAGUUGGAGAUUGCCAAGAGAGGUCUUAAAGCAAGUGUGGGACUUAUCCGAUCAAGAUAAUGAUAGCAUGCUAUCACUGAGAGAGUUCUGUACAGCGCUCUAUUUGAUGGAACGGUACAGGGAAGGCCGUCCUCUUCCACCUGUGCUUCCAAGCAGUGUCAUGUAUGACGAGACACUUUUGCGCACCACGGGGUCUGCUGGGCCUGCUGCUGGAUAUGGACAUGCAGCUUGGAGACCUACUCCCGGUUUGCAACAGCCUGGAAUGCCUGGUGCAAGGCCAAUAUUGCCUGCAGCUAGUGCGAGGCCACCAAUGCAGGUUCCUUUCUCUCCUCAAGCUGAUGGAGUGAUGCGGCAGCCCAAUCAACAGAAGUCAAGGGUGCCAGUUUUGGAAAAGCACCUGCUAAACCAACUCAGUAAGGAAGAGAAUGCUUCAUUAAACUCAGAGUUUCGAGAGGCAGCAGAUGCAGAUAAAAAGGUGGAGGAAUUGGUGGAGAUUAUGGGUUAUAAAGAGAAGAUUGAAUUUCACCGCAACAAGAUGCAGGAACUUGUGUUAUACAAAAGCAGAUGUGACAAUCGACUUAAUGAGAUCACUGAAAGGGCUUCUGCUGAUAAACGUGAGGUUGAGGAACUAGCUAAAAAGUAUGAAGAGAAGUACAAGCAGGUUGGAGAUGUAGCCUCUAAAUUAACCAUUGAAGAGGCCACUUUUCGUGAUGUUCAGGAGAGGAAAAUGGAAUUAUAUCAGGCAAUUGUCAAAAUGGAGCAAGGUGGUAGUGCUGACGGUAUUCUUCAGGUUCGUGCUGAUCGUAUCCAGUCAGAUCUUGAGGAGUUAGUGAAGGCUUUGAAUGAACGGUGCAAGAAAUAUGGGUUACCUGUUAAGCCUACUGGACUAAUUGAGCUUCCUUUGGGAUGGCAACCUGGCAUUGAGGAGGGAGCAGCUGAUUGGGAUGAAGAUUGGGACAAGUUUGAAGAUGAAGGAUUCACAUUUGUCCAGGAGCUCACUCUUGAUGCUCAGAAUACUGUGGCCCCUCCAAAACCGAAAUCUGCUUCAGUUUGGAAGGAAAAAGCUUCCUCAGAUGAGGGUCUGACCACUUCAUCCCCGAAUGCUGAUACUAAAUCAGAGAAGCCUACGAGUACAGUUGACUGGAACACUGAGGGUGGAUCUGUUUAUGCACACAGUGACGAUGGCUCAGCAAGAAGUGCACCUGCCAGUCCCACUGGAAGAAGUACAGUGGAGAGUCCAUCUCAAGAUUUUGGAGAUAACCAUUUUGUAAAGAACAUUGGUGCAGAUGCAUCACCCCGUGCUAAAGAAACACAUAAUGAUCAUGAUGAUGCUGAAUCCGUACUUUCUGUGGACAAAAGUUUUGAUGAACCAACGUGGGGUGGUACUUUUGAUGCCAAUGAUGAUACAGAUUCUGUGUGGGGCUUUAACACGUCUCAUACAAAAGAUCUGGAUCAAGAGAGCCACAGAGACUCAUUUUUUCCUGACUUGGGUCUGAACCCAAUAAAGACUGAAUCCCCACAGGCGGGCAGCAUGUUCCAGAAGAAGAGCCUAUUUAAUUUUGAUGACUCUGUUCCUAGCUCACCUCUCUUCAAUUCUGGUUAUUCCCCAAGGUACAAUGAGGGAUCAGUGGACCACUCCUUUGAUAAUCUGUCGAGGUUUGAUUCCUUCAGCAUGCAUGACAGUGGAUUUUUCCCUCCACGUGAGACUCUUGCUAGGUUCGACUCUAUCCGCAGCACUGCAGAUUCCACCUACAGUCGAGAUUUUCCAUCUUUUGAUGAUACCGAUCCUUUUGGCUCAAGUGGACCAUUUAAAAGUUCAUCAGAAAAUCAAACGCCAAGGAGCUCAGAUAAUUGGAGUGCUUUCUAGCCAGGCCAUUCGGUGUUAGAUUCAUAUGUAUUCUUAUAUCAGUUUGAGCCUUUUGCAAAGUCUGUUCAUGAGAGUUGAGUGGCCUGGGUUUUCAUUUACCUUUCCUUUUCUCGGUGUGCUAUAUAUUCUGAGAUGAUGAGUGGUUGUAGUGUCUUUUGGGGUACAUCUCUUGUAUUUCUGCAAAUCCAAUUCGUUUUUUUUUUUUUUGGGGGGGGGG